GAUACAUUUUCUUCUGUUUUUUUAAACCCCAAUAAUAGGAUUGGUAAUGACGAAUUAGCAAUUUUGUAUUGGGGUGGUGGUGAGGUUCGGAAUACUGUAAUUUCCAAUAUAUUUGAUUAUAGGACUCAGGUUGAUGAUUAUUGUAAUUGGUUGGUUUCGAGUGGUAAUAAUGUUGGUCCAAGAUCUCUUAAUCAAGAUCAAGUUCGUAAGAUUGAACAGAUUUGUGAUAAUUUCGGAAUCGAAGACAAGGGGAGCGUUGAUUUUAUGUUGGAUA